AUGCAACAGAAAUUUUCUGUGACAUCUGAAGGUAAUGGUGACCAACAAACUUCCCUGAAAACCAUCUACACAACACUCUACACCAUAACUGCAGAUAGCGAAGGACCAAACGGAGAACACGAGUUCAGACACCUCAAAAGUAAAUUGACAAAGCAAUCAUCAUAUGAUAGCUCUGUAAACCUCAGAGACAUCUUUAAACCUUUGUCUGGUAAAGAAACAGCUAAGAGAAUAGUGCUCACGAAAGGAGUUGCUGGCAUUGGAAAAUCCUUUGCUGUGCAGAAGUUCUGUCUUGACUGGGCUGAAGAGGAAACAAACCAGGAUGUUGAUUUUGUUUUUGACCUUCCUUUUCGAGUGUUAAAUUUGAGUAAAGGUGAGAAAAGCCUGCUUGAUCUGCUGACUGAGUUUUACCCUGUGCUCCAGCCUCUCAAAGACUCAGAAUACGCUCAAACAAAGAUAAUUGUGAUCCUCGAUGGUCUGGAUGAAAGUAGACAUCAACUGGACUUCAACAACACAAAGAUAGUGUGGUCUCUGAAAGACAGAACAUCUGUUGCUAAUCUCCUAGUAAACCUGAUUCAGGGUAACCUCCUUCCUGAUGCAAACCUCUGGAUAACUUCUCGUCCAGCAGCAGCCAAUCAGAUCCCUGCUAAGUAUAUCGACAUGGUGACAGAGAUAAGAGGGUUUACUGACCCACAAAAAGAGGAAUACUUCAAGAGAAGAUUUAGUAAAGACUUGGGUCUCGCUGACAGAAUAAUAUCCCAUAUUCAGUCCUCACAGAGUCUGGACAUCAUGUGCCAGAUCCCAAUCUUCUGCUGGAUUUCGGCUGUUUUAUUUCAGGAGGUCUUUGGAGGCGAUGAAGAAACUGAAACCCCUCAAACUCUGACAGAGAUGAUGGCAUAUUUCUUGUUUGUCCAGACAAAACGCAGAAGUGGGAAAUAUGACAAGAAAACUAGGAAACACAAAGAGAAUCUUCUAAAGACACACAGAGAGUUUCUUCUGAAACUUGGAAAGCUUGCAUUUGUCCACCUUCAGGAAAACAAGCUCAUCUUCUAUGAAGAAGAUCUGGAGGACUGUGGCAUUGACAUCAAAGAAGCAACAGUGCACUCUGGUUUUUGGAACAUGGUUCUUGGAAAAGAAGAAUUCUUCUCCCAGAAAAACACAUUCUUUUUUGUGCAUCUGACGGUACAAGAGUUUUUUGCAGCUCUUUACGUUUAUGAAUGCUUUACAACAAAAACAACAAAAGAACUUGGAAACUUCCUUAAUUUGGAGGACAAAGACCAUUCUUUACUUGAUAUUGUGAAGAAGACCAUUGACAAAGUGUUGGAGAAGAAGAAUGGUCAUUUGGACUUUUUCCUACGGUUCCUUCUUGGUCUGAUGGUUGAACCCAACUGCAGAGUCCUCCAGGGUCUAUUGACUCCACUGGACCAAAACGAAGAUACAGACAAGAAAAUUUUAACCCACCUUAGAUCCAUCCGAAGAAAGGCCUUGUCUCCAGACAGCUGCAUCAACAUCUUUCAGACCAUGGUUGAAAUGAGAGACCACAAAGUAAAAGAUGAGAUACAGGAGUAUCUCAAAAUGUCUGAUCGUUCAAAGACAGAGUUGACUCCUCUACACUGCUCGGCUCUGGCCUACAUGCUUCUGGUGUCUAAGAAUAAACUGGAAGAGUUGGAUCUGAAGAGCUACAACACAACAGAUGAGGGCAGGAGGAGGCUGAUACCAGCUGUGAGGAGCAGCAAGAAGGCUGUGUUAAAGGACUGCAAGGUGACUCUAGAGUGGAUUAAACUUCUGGCCUUUGGUCUCAAGUUCCCUCUGUCACCUUUAAAAGUUCUGGACUUGAGCAACAAUGAUCUUGGUGAUGUAGGAGUGACAGACCUGUGUGAAGGACUGACGAGUCAAAACUGCAGACUCAGAACACUGAGGUUGUCUGGUUGCCUUGUCACAAGGAAUGGUUGUGACUCUCUGGCCUCAGCUCUGCAGUCCAACCCCUCCCACCUGAUGGAGCUGGACCUGAGCUACAACUAUCCAGAAGAAUCGGGAGUGAAGAUAUUGUCUGAGCUGAGGGACAAUCCACAAUUCAAACUCUGUAAACUAAAUGUGGAAAAGGAUGGAAGUCAUCGAAUGAGACCAGGAUUUAAGAAAUAUGCCUGUGAUCUCACUCUGGACCCCAAAACAGCACACAAGAACCUCUCUCUCUCUGACAGUAAUAGAAAGGUGACCUGGGUGAAGGAAGAACAACAAUAUCCAGAUCACACAGAAAGAUUUGAUCAAUGCCUGCAAGUUCUGUGUGAGCAAGGUUUCAAAGAGAGCUGCUACUUUGAGGUGGACACUGUGGAGCCCUUCAGCGUCGGGUUAACAUACAAAAGCAUCAACCGGAAAGGGAACGUGUCUGACUGCAGGCUGGGAGAGAAUGAUAAAUCCUGGUGUAUGACUGGUUCUGAAAAGGGUUGUUAUGUUCUGGGCAGAAAUGAAAGUAUUUAUGCAUCUAACUUGCGGUGCACUCGUGUUGGAGUGUAUCUGGACUGGGAGGCUGCAACCAUUUCCUUCUACAGAGUUUCUAAUGACAGCAGCGCUCGACUCUACACCUACAAACCAGGAGGUUUCAGUGAUGCCCUCUAUCUUGCUGUCGGACUCCAUCCCAACACUUCUGCUCUGAUUUGUCAGUUAUAA